AUGCAACAUAAAUCAAGGCACAAGUCGGACAAGAGAAAUGUAAGCCCGACGGGUCCAGACAAACUAGAUGUAGAUCCUCAUGAUUGGAGUUUGAAGAAGACUUUUUGGAUGUUCAUCAUCUCACAAGCUGUUUUGUUGUAUGUCUUCUCGCACAUCAUAUGCCAAAGUGAUCCAGAAGAGCACAAGAGAUUGCUCAUGGAGAUCAAGCAGCAGUUCAUCAACAAGCAGAGCUCCAUUUCAUCUCUUGAUCCCAAGGCAGUAUCAUUGUCAGUUGGAAAAUCCGCUACGAGCACAAGGAUGGAGGCUGCCAAACCUAUCGUAAGCAAUGUUCGACUUGAUCCGAUCAUGCCCAACUCUCAGGCAAAGAAUGAAGUUGUUCGAUCCAACGAAAGUCCGGCGAUACCACGUGUGGACGUCAGUACGAACAAGCCCGACGGAAAGUCAAGUCCUCUUGUCAACGCACCUCUUGUUAACGCACCACUCGCGAGCAAGGCUGAGCAGCCAGCUCUCGCUGCAGCUCCGAAGGUGCAGCUGGAACCAAGUCUGCAAGUCGCACCAGCGUCGGGGGGCGUGCGGGCACCUGAUGAGCGAGCAAAGUCGGGACAGGGCGUGUUUCGUCUGAUGGUCCUCACAUGCAAUAGACCGGAGGCUCUCAAACGCCUGCUGGCCUCGCUCAAGGGCGCGGACUAUAUGGGGCGUACAGCCAACCUCCACGUGUUCCAGGACCUCCUCGUGAGUGGGACGGCAGACGCGGACACUAAGAAGAUCCUGCAGGACUUCCAGUGGCCGUUUGGAUCUAAGAAUAUUGAUGUAGCGAGAACCCGACAAGGCCUUCUCCUGUCCUUUGUGAAUGCGUGGAAGCCGUCUGGGCCGGCCGAUGACAACGAUGUCGCAAUUUUCUUUGAGGACGAUAUUCAGGUGUCUCCUUUUUUUGCCAAGUGGUACCUUGAAGCGCAUGAGAGAUUCCGGUACGAUGCGUCUGUUUGUGUCUUCUCGGCCAUGCGAGCACAACUGCGAGCCAGCGAUCCCCAUGGAGAAGGAGAACUCGGAAAUUCCUUACCUGGCGAUGUCAACGUUUUCAAGUACAGACUCGUAGGGACGACAUCUCUAUCCCCUCUGGCAAGUCAGUGGAUCGAGUUCAGAACUUGGUUUGAACAGGCCUCCAAAAAUCCCAACUUCUCCCCUGUUGUCGAGGGGAUUCAGCCCACAAUCUGGUACUUGGACUUGAAGAAUACCGGGAAUGAAGACAAGAUGUGGGUCAUGUGGUACAUUAAAUUCAUGUCAGAUCGCAACUACUACUGCGUGUAUCCUUGGAUACCCAGCAGACAUGCUCUCGUGGCAAAGUGGAACGAUGCAGAUGCAAGAGCGGGGAACCAGCUGUUUGCCGACAACAGGCUUGUUGAUUCUUGGGAUCGAAACUUGGUCGUCUGGCCUUCUUACGUCCCAACACUUGACUGGAACGGUCAUGACAAGAUGCUGCAGCCGCAAGUGUUGAGGCAGAGGCUGUCCUGCGAUGGCAAGACAUCCACUCUCAACCUCCCGAAGUUGCAGGCGGCCAUGCAGGGCAUGCCCAAGGAUGUCGUCAUUCUGCAUUUCAUCAACAGUGCAUUCAUGCCAUUCAUGCUGUCCUGGCUCUGCAACACGCAGCAGAUGACAGGAGUGCAUGAAAGGACCCUCGUGAUAACAACUGACGCUGGGAGCGAAGAGAGAGUCAAAAGAUUCUCGAGCAGAGUUCAUGCCAUGUACCUGGAAGGAUACAACGGCAUCAAUGGCAACUUGGAUUUUGAUUCUUUGGGUUAUCGCAGGAUGCUGAAAGCUAGAAUCGAGAUCAUCAUCUCCGUGCUACAGAAAUCCGAUCUCUUGUUUCUCACCGAGCCAGACGCCAUCUGGAUGAACAAUCUUUUGGAGAUCAAGGAAUUCGUUAACUCGCCGAGUGAUCUGAUAGGAUUCGACGAUGAACAGGGGGGGAAGGGAGCAGGGUUUGUGCUCAUGCGUAACAAUGCGGCAAUCAGCUGCCUGUGGAGGAAGCUGCUGGAGAGACAAGAGUUAACGUUGGCGCCCUACGAGGGUCAGCCCAACGAGAUUGUAACGUAUGACGACAACGACCAGAAGUACUUCAACGCCCUCAUCCAAGACAUGGAGGCCGCGGGCAUGAUGAAAUCAUCUACCAUGGACACGUGCAAGUUCCGAACGGGGAAGUGGUACAAGAGGGAGGAGUGGAAAGACUACAUGACGUGCCUAAACAUCGUCCCUGAUAUCCUCAACUUCAACUGGAUGGUCGGCAACCAGCCAAAGAUCCAGCGAGCGAAGCUGUACGGCCACUGGUUCCUAGAGGAGGACGGGCAGACUUGCAAGCCCAUCCAAGAAACUCUAGCGCGAGCAAAAACUUCCUUCACUGGCGGUUUUUCAGCGGGGCAGGUGGCCUUACCCUCGCCCCAGAUUCCUUUUUCCCAGCCCGCGAUACCGGGAAACAAUUUCGCUCCCUCGCAGUUCAAUUUUGCCGGGCAAGGGAACCCGUCCAACUCCUUGGGGCUGGGCUAUCAGCCCAUGGUCAACUCACAGCAGGUACAGCAGGGAGGGCAGUCGAACAACCCGUACGGAAGGUUCCGGAUCAACCCGGCGGUCCACCAGAGGAUCAACAGCCUUCUAGCCGAACGAUUCCGCCGUGUGGGAUCUGUACGGCAUUCGACGAAGCGAUAG